UUGGAGCCAGAACAUACCCUGGUGGAUGGGAAUCGGGCUGAUUUCACACUUGGGGUGGACAUCUAGGCGUGAUGGAGGGGGGCAUGAUGGUUCAAUCUAAGUAGGGUGCCUCUGAUUGACUUUCCGUGAGCAGUCCGAUUGCGCGUUCUCGGGCCUGAGAUGUGUGUAAAUAUGCACAUCUGGAGCACGGCGAGUUGUACCUGAGAAGAUACCCCUGCGAGGAGAGCCUGACCCACCAGGAAUCCUCUGGAGGAGCCCACUUGUGCUGUUGAAGAGCCAAAAAUGGGUGGAGGAUGCUGUGGCGCAAUACGAUUCACUUCCGCGCAGCAUAUGAGCGGGCUUCUCGUUAGGAAGGGGUCGAGCAUGUGGUUCUCAAGAUCGAGAAAGAUGUUGAAAUGAGUGUUCGGCAGUGUAUUCAGAUACUGUAGGCUGGGAUGGAGGCGGCAGAAUGUACAUCAGAGUUCGUUAAAAGUAGGAGAGUUGGUGAACGGCGGGGAGGAGCAUUCGUCUAAGCUUGUAUCAAGACAUGAGGUCGGGUUGGGUCCGCUCAAAUUUGGUAUUUUACUAGGAGGGCGGAGUGUUCUCAUUAAUCAAGUCGUGGUGUGAGAGGCGGUGGCGAGUUUCCUGAAAUUUAAGUACCCCGAAAGUGGCGAUCGACUCAUCAAUGGAGGAAGGACCAACACUCUUGGAGGCACAUAACGUCCGCGCUAUUGGAAUGGGCGAAGAGGUGGUGGUUCUGGGUCAUGGGUUCGGCACGGAUCAAUCUGUGUGGAAGCACGUCAUUCCACACCUUGUCGAUGAGUACCGUGUAAUCUUGUUUGAUAACAUGGGGGCUGGGACCACAGACCCCGAGUACUUCAGCUUCUCGAGAUAUUCAACACUUCACGGAUACGCCGACGACCUUUUGUCUAUUCUAGAGGAGCUCGAGGUUGAGUCUUGUAUUUACGUUGGGCAUUCUGUGUCUGGUAUGGUUGGUUUUCUCGCAUCGCUGGAGAGACCAGAGAUUUUUUCGAAGAUUAUCACCAUCUCGGCUUCACCAAGGUAUCUCAAUGACAUGGAUUACUUUGGAGGCUUUGAACAGGAUGACCUCAACCAACUGUUUGAAGCGAUGCAAUCGAAUUUUGAGGCAUGGGUCUCAGGAUUCGCCCCGCUAGCUGUAGGAGCAGACAUAGAUUCCAUGGCAGUUCAAGAGUUCGGACGGACUCUCUUCAACAUUCGACCCGACAUAGCCUUUAGUGUGGCGAAAACCAUCUUCCAAAGUGAUUUGCGAAUAGUGCUACCAAACGUCACCGUCCCUUGCCAUAUUCUGCAGAGCAGCAAGGACCUGGCAGUGCCCAUAGUAGUAGCAGAUUAUCUCCAUCACACUCUUGGAGGCCCUACGAUUGUCGAGGUGUUGCAGACUGAGGGUCAUUUGCCUCAGCUUAGUUCCCCCGAAAUCGUCAUCCCCGUGCUGAAACGCCACCUCGCAGGAAGUCUGUAAGCUUGUUGAUCAGCAUUGAUGCAUCGCAACUCGUAACCGGCGUGCCAGGAAUCAAUCUGAGAAUUCCGAUUCUGUGUGCAGAUUAGGCGAAUCAGAUGUGCUGGUAUGGGUAGUCUCUAGGGAGUCCCUCGACUCUAUCAAACUUGAAGCUGAGUGUUGAGAUCCAUCACGUAAGAUGUUUGUUAGUAGAUUGAGAUUUACUAUUCAUCAACUUACGGGCUCCGCAGAUACUCUGCAUAGAUAGGACCACGGCUGCACAUUGCGGAUGCUAAUUUUUCGUUCUGUGUAAUACCCGACGGCACCAAGAACUGCCGACACACUUAGUUUUCGUGGGAGAGAUUACUAUUAAAUUUAUCACGAAUUCUAUACAGCAAUGGUAAUAUAUUCAGUAAUGAGAACAAUACCUAGUACCGUUUUGUUUUAUAUAAAUAUUUUGUGUCUGCUCAAAGUUAAUCUAAGCUCAAUAUUGUGAUA